CUCCGGUUCAGUUUUUUUGCACUUUGAUUUUUUGUGCCCUAUUCUUCCACAAUUUACACAGAAAAUGAAUACUCCCUCAUAUCUAAUAACAACCCAGAAUUUUCGACCAACUGGGUUUACAAUAAAGAAACCCGGAACCAGCGGCUGAUUGAGCUCAAUCCAAAUUUUAGCUCGAAGAUAUUCCUUAGGAACAUAUGAAAAGGCCUUUGGAUCUUAGUGAAUGACUGUAGCAAAUUUUGAUAAAGCUUUCUUUACCACUUCCAGUCUGUUAUAUUUCAAUGGAAUUCCUUCAUCCGUUACCCAUAUAGAGGUUUUAUCAAAAUUAUGAAUUUUCAUUGCGAUUUCAGAGGAAAUAGGAUGGAAAGAGAUAAAGGCACUUUGAAAACAUGCACACCCUUUGUAUAAAAGUACAUCCCGAUCCCUGGCUUCUUUCCAAUAGAAGAAGAAAAUCUUCCUCUUUGAUUUUGGAACUCGUAUAGGAUCUCUUAAUCUCCAACAAUUACUCACCCAAUUUUGGAACUAAUUUUCAGUAAAAUCACGAUAAUCUAAACACUUACCAACAACAUCCUGUUCUAAGUUAUUCGUUCCAUGAACUUCAUCUUCACCUUGUACUUGUAUUAAUGGACCCAUUCUUUUUAAUCCAUUCGCAAAGCGUUCAUUUUUUAGAGAGAGGGGCUCCCAAUUUUUAGAGAGAGGGUUUUUAAAGUCAAAAGUGUUGUCACCGCUUUUUCCAAUUCAAAUAAUAAGCACGUUAAAUUCAAAAUUUCCGUCCUCUUCUUCUCUCUUCAAAGGAACGAGAAAAUGGAGUGGAAUUCACCUGAACCUCCGCGGAGUAUCACAGUUCGCCGAAACCCGCACCGGAGUGCAAGACCGACCACCACAAACGCCGCACCAAAAACCUCUACCUCUCAUUCUCUUUCCUCUAAAAAUCUGAAAAUCCCCAAUUUCCCACUUGAUGACAUUUUAUCUAUGGAUAUCCAACUCAAUACAAACCCUAAAAUUCCAUCCCCAAAUCCUCCAAAUUCUCUCAACGUCUUCCUUAGAGUACGCCCCCUCCCAAUCGCACCUCCGAAAUCGAAACAGAUUAAGCCGAGUAAACCUAGUAAGAGUUGCCUUACCAUCAACGAUUCUCAGUCUAUUACGAUUUCGCCCCCAAUUCGCGAUAAUAGAUUGAAAUCAGAGGUUUUCAACGGAUUUUCCCAUGUUUUUUCCUCUGAUUCUUCUCAGGAUGAAGUGUAUGAGAAGCUGAUGAGACCAAUGGUUGAGGAGUUUCUUAAUGGAAGAAGCGGGCUUUUGGCUGCUUUAGGGCCUAGUGGCUCUGGGAAAACUCACACCGUUUUCGGGUCUGCUAAAGAACCCGGUUUGGUGCCCCGUGCUCUUCGCCGCAUUUUUGAGUCUGACGCAGGGAAAUCAUCUUUGGUGUCGAGGUCGAUUUAUUUAUCCGUUUUUGAAAUACAUUCAGAGAAAGGAAAGGGAGAAAAGUUGUCAGAUUUGACUCCAGAUGGGUCUGAUAUCUAUAUGCAACAAUCUGCUGUUAAGGGCCUUAAAGAGAUAUUGGUCAAAGAUGUUGCACAAGCAGAAUCUUUACUAACUCAUGCAAAGUCAAAACGCGCCACUGCAACGACAAACUCAAAUAGUCAAUCCAGCCGCUCACAAUGCAUAAUUAACAUUCGAUGUGCUGCUGAAGACACGGAGGGAGAGAGUGAAGCAGUAUUGACUUUUGUUGACCUUGCUGGUGCUGAAAGAGAAAAGAAAACUGGAAAUAAGGGUGGAAGGCUACUUGAAAGUAAUUUUAUCAACAACACGUCAAUGGUUUUUGGCUUGUGCUUGAGAUCAUUAUUGGAGCAUCAGAAGAAUCCUAAAAAACCACUGCAGAAACACUUCAAGAGCUCACUGCUGACAAGAUAUCUACGAGACUAUUUGGAAGGCCGGAAGCGUAUGGCUUUGAUUUUGACAGUAAGAUCUGGGGAAGAAGAUUACUUUGAUACGUCCUCUCUCCUUAGACAGGCUUCACCAUAUAUGGAAAUCAAGUUCUGUGACAUUGAAGAAACUUUGAAUUUACCCCGGAAUAAGAGGCGUCAUCAGAUUAUUGGCAAUGAGCAGAAGAAAAGAGUGAAGUUGACUAUUGCUGAUGGCAGGAAUGAUGUUACAGUGAUUAGUAGAGAUUCCGAGACCUUCCAGACAAAGGAAGCUAAAAGUAGAGAAAUCUUGGACGGAAACAAUGGAAUUCCUGUAUCAAGAGUGGAUGAGAAUUUACUUCCAGAGGUGAAUUGUACUGAUUCAAACAUACAUAGGCAGUACUAUUUCAUGCAAGGUUUCUCCAAGGCUCUUUGGGUUGUAUUGAAGCAGUAUAAGGAGAGAGUCAAGACCAUGCAAAAAGAUAUAAAUAUCCUGACAGAGAAUCUUAGAGUUGGAGAUGCUAAAUAUCUGGUGAUGGAAGAAGAACUACUUAAGCUAAAGUCUCAAUGUUCAUGUCCAAAUCAAGUUAUUGGUGUGACCAGUUGUUCAAUGGGAGGCCUAAAUUCUGAACCCAGUUUCUGCGAGGAAGAGUUUACAGAUCAUGGUAAAGUAGUUUCUACAGACGUACAAGGGCUUGCAUGUCUUGAAUGUAAGGAAAAAGAAAUCCUUCAUUCGUCUGGGGAAAAGUGCACUCUCCAUGUAUGUGAGCUAUUCGGGGUGGCAGCACCAGAAGAACCACAUGAAUGUUCUGUUUCAGAAUGCAAAACUACUAAUUUGUCCUGCGAGAAAGCUUUGCAUACAGAAGGCAAAGUUGAUGUAACUUUGAUACCAAAAUCAUCUGAAAAUCAUGAUUUGGAGGAGGAAAGUCAAUCUGGAUCCGUAACAGAUGGAUUACAAGAACUUCAGGGGUCUAGAUGUGUUAAUGCUUUAAAGGUUCAUCUUGGGGAUUCAUCAUCAGGGCCAAAGAGUAUUCUUUCUGUUGAUGAGAGUAUUGACACUGAUUUCAUCUUGACAAGUCCUCACAAAGCUAACCUAUCUUCUAAUGAGUUGAAAAUAUUUUCACCACAUAAUCAUCAGGUACAUCAGUCGCUGAUGGAAUAUCAAACUCCACAUGACAUGAGUAAAAUUGAUUGCCAUGAGAGUGGUCAAAGGAAGAAAUGUGAUAUUCAAUCAACAGAUGCUGCUGCUUGUUUGCACAGGUCACAUGUUGUGGAUUUGAUAGACCAAGGCGAAAGUUGUGGCCGUGACACACCAAACAAUAUUGAUAAAGAAAAUGCUGGAAAUGGUCCAGGAAGCAAAUCAAGGCUGGAAAAGAAGGAAACUUCUCACUCUAAACCUUCAAAAGCAGGAAGGCCUAAAAGGCGACUUAUGCCAGCUUCGUCAUUGUUGUUGAGAGAUACUGGUAGUAUUGGUGCUAUUGAGGAGAACAUACACUUCAGGGGAGGUAAAGGUGGACAAAAGCUGGUUGAAGAUGAACAUAAAAGAACCAAGGGCAAUGCCUGUCUUAUGCGACUACUGAAGAACCAUCUACCUCGAUAGUAUGCGACUGCUUAAAUAGCGUAACCUUUUAAAGAUGGAGCAGUUCUUUUUUCCUUGUGCUCAGUUGCAGAUAUGGAAGUGUUUAUGCAUAAUUAUAUGUAGUCCACAUUGCGUGUAACCCUAUCAAGGGGAGGGGUUUGCUUGUAUGUACAUCUAUCUUAAGAUUUAUGCAAACUGCAAGUACAUGUUUUUGUACUAGUUUUAACCCGUAACAAACGACUAAGGGGAGGGAUUUUGUUGUGUAGAUAAGUAUAUUUCUAAGGUUCUUUUGGCAGAUCAACAACCAUCAGAUUGUACAGCUUAUGAAUUACA